CCACGUGCGAAGCUGCUAGUUUUUUAAUCAUCCGCCUGGAACUCCCCGCCAUCCUUCAUUUUAUAUUAAUCCCUUCACCCUUCUCUCCACCUCGCUCAACUUCACUCGCAGAAAGGAAGGAAGGAAGAUGGCGGAUUGGGGUCCGGUUGUUAUUGCUGUGGUGCUCUUCGUUCUGUUGACGCCUGGACUUCUGUUCCAGCUUCCUGGAAGCGGAAGGGUGAUCGAAUUCAAUAGCAUGAAGACGAGCGGCCUCUCCAUAUUCAUACAUACCAUUCUUUUUUUCGCUCUUAUAACGAUAUUCCUCAUCGCCAUAGGCGUCCAUAUCUACACUGGUUAGAUACUAUUCAUCCUUCGAAGCUUUAAUUGAUUUGGGAACUUGUUGUGCGAGAGAAAUUUCGAUUGAGAUGAAGAAAACCUUCAGUAAUUUCAUAGAUUGUUCAGUUAUGUUGUGGCAUUUUUUUUUUUCCCUCUUUUGGGUUAUGAUACAGAGUCUUACUUGAGCCUAUUGUACUGCUACAAGAGAUAGAUUGAUUUAUCCCCCUAUUAAUUCAAAAUUUA